AUGACUUUUUCAACAAAAUCCUCAUUAUGGAAUGAUAUUGAAUUAAAAGAUAUUUUAUCAUAUAAAACAAUAUCAUCAAUUCAAUCAUCAAAUAAAACAAAUGUAUCAAGAAAAUUAUUUCAAUCGAAUACAACAGAUCAAUUAACAAAUAAAUUGACAAUAAAUCGAAAUAAAUCAGAUGGAAUUGUUGAAAAUAAUGAUAAAAAACAUAUUAAAUUAAGUCCAUAUACAAUGUUUUAUCGGAAAUUUUAUGAAUAUGUCUUAUCUCGCCUUGAUCUUAUUUGUUAUCGUUUAUAUGGAUCUCAAUCAAAUAAAUAUGAAAAAAUCAUUUGGAAUUUAUUUGAAAAUUAUACUCAAUUAUUAUUUCGUUCACGAUUAAUUCAAGUAUAUAAAUCAAUGCCAAAUUCGAAGUUAAAAACAGUUCGAAAUAAAAAUUUAAAAGAAAAUCAAUUAAUUGAUCUUCCUUAUAGUAAUAAAACAUUUGAAAAUAUUAAAUCAGGACAUGUUAACGUAAAUAUAUCUUCAAUUAAUUAUUCAUCAAAUAAAACUCAAACAAAUUCAACAUCGAAUGUCUUAUCAUCAUCGAUUCAAGUAGCAAGAGGAGAUCAAGGAAAUGUUAUUUGCCGUUUUAUUCAUACAUAUUUUGUACCUUUAUUACCAUCUAUACAUUGUCCACAUGUUGGUUCAACUGGAGGAGGAGCAUGUGCUGAUAAAACAAUCGACUUUUAUUAUAAUCAAACAAAUUUUCUGGCUUGUGGUCAUAAACAAUAA